AUGCACUGCAACGACGGCGUCUUCACGCCUGUCUCCAACUGCCGCUUCUUUGACUUUACCGUUACCUUCUCCAACGCCAUCUUUGUUAUCUUGCCCUCGUGUAUCGCCAUCUUGCUCAUCACCGCCAGACUCGUCCACAUCCGCAACAAGCCCGACAACCCCACUGCAUUCACACAACCUCACCUCUCGCUCUUGCGUUCGUGCUCUCCCCAUUCGGAUCCCAUCAGUCUCUUUGGCGCUUUCGUCUACAUCUCUAAUGCGGUUUUCAGCCUCGUAGCUGUCGCCAUCUUGGCGGCCCCCUCCUCCCGUUCGCUUCGAGAUGCCAUGGAUGAGGGCACUGGUAUGGCCAGCGUGGUCCUUUUCUUCCUCGCCUCGCUACUUGCCAUCCCACUUUCGAUCGCCGAACGUAGAAAGACUCGCGGCGGCAAUAUGGUGCUUCCUCUCUGGAUCUUCUGCUCUCUGCUCUUCAAUGCUUGCCGAAUUCGCACCUUCGAUGCCAUCCCAGUCAUCCGGCACUCGUCCUUCUUCUAUGUCUGUGUGGUUGCGUUUGGGUGUCAGACUUUGAUGCUCACUGUCGAGAACACAAAGGGCAUCCGCAGCAUCGACGUUAAUUCGACCCACGAAUCACGAGCCGGCUUCUUCUCGCGCCUUUUCUUCCUCUGGGUCUUUCCCAUGCUGUGGAACGGUUUCCGCAAGCCCCUCGAAAUGGAAGACCUCGAUUCGCUCAAGGCCGAGUUCUAUGGACGCUCUCUCGCUGACAAGUUUAUCUCCAGCUGGUCCGGCGUCUCAACACCGUCAGUACAGCCCUCGGCCGCCUCCGAGCAGCUCGACUCAGACGCUAGUGUCGACAUCAAGCACAGUGUCUCGCGCUCCAGCGCCGAAGUGUAUCGUUUAGAAAAGCUACCUUCGCAACACCACAACGCUUCCACACCAUCGCCUCAACCAGCAAUGCUGUACAACGGCAGAGCCUUCCCACAGAGCAACGCCAACCGAGGUCUUCUCUGGGCGACGCUCCGGGCCUAUCCUCUGGCUGCGCUGCUUCCGGUGCCUUGGAAGUUACUCCUUACUGCAGCUGAGCUUGCCCAGCCCCUGCUUGUUUCCACCACACUCGCCUUCGUACAAUCCUACUCGGGCUCGGUCAAGGGCCAAGCCGUCGCCCCUCAACCAACUGUCUAUGGAUGGGGUCUCGUCGGUGCGUAUGCUUUCGUCUACCUCGGCCAAACAAUUGCCACCGGUCAGUAUUGGCAUGCCUCCUCGCAGCUCAUGUGCAAGGUCAGAGGAGGCUACGUCGAGGCCAUCUAUCGCAAAGGUCUCAACUUACACGUUAGAACCGCGCGAAUCUGCGGCGGUGGAAAAGCUGCCAACCUCAUGAGUGUCGACAGUGAGCGUGUCGUUGAAUCGAUCGACAUCGUCCACGACCUCUGGAGCGGAGUCAUCACCAUCGGCGUGGGUAUUUACCUUCUAUACACCCGGCUCGGCCUGGUCUUCCUUGCAUCCAUGGCGUCGGUACUUGUUUGUUUUCUCCUCACCCCACUUGCAAGUCGUGGUAUCGGCACCAAACAGGGCGCUUGGAGCGAGCUAACCGAUAAGCGAGUCAACUUGACAUCCAGUGUCACCUCGGACAUCAAGGGGGUUAAGUUCUCGGCCUACGAGGACAUUCUCCACGAAAAGAUCAGCAAAGUUCGCGCCGAGGAGCUCAUCAAGCGCGGCAACAUGAUGAAGCAGCUCACAGGCGUCGUGGUCUUCAAACUGCACAGGCGAGCUCCUUGGGCUCUCGACCUUUGUCACGCUCAUCCUCGUUGA